AUGUUUCGAAUAUCCCCGUGGGAGUGGAAAUGCUUUACUGGUCGUGUAGAGAGUUCAACAUUAGGGGUUGGAAGAUUCAUCUGGUUGCUAAAGAGGGUUGAUAACAAAGCGAAGUUAGUGAGUGCAGUUAUGUAUGAAGAAUUGUAUUUAUUGAGUCAGCAAGUCAUUACAUUUAAUCCUUAUAAGUACAAUCAAAUGCUGCAUUUAGAUAUUAGUAUUUGA